AAUUCGAUCGAUUUAAACUACACAUACCCCGUGAAGAAGCUCGUUUUUAUCGUUCUACCCCAUCACUUGCUACAAAAAAUUCUGAUAAUCACGAUCUGACAAUUCAACCCAAAAUUAACUAUGGGUACCUCGAUCAAAAUGCCAAAGCAGUGAGUGAAAACAUGCGACGAAGAAAUUACAACAAGGUCAACAUGAACGAAUUUCAAGAAAACUACGAAGAAAGACGAAAACUCUAUUCCGAACUUCUUUUACUCAGAGCUAAUCACAACGAGCUAUCAAAAGCUAUCAAGCUAUCUAUCAAUAGUUCCGGUGAUGAAAGGCAAAGGCUUAUUUCUCAGAGUAAAAAUCUUAAGGCACAGGUGAGAUUCCAGGAAGAAAGACUCCAGAAAGUAGAAUCUGCUCUUUCUUCUCAAGCUCUUCAAAUUCCUAAUGAUUCCCAUCCCGAGGCACCUGUUGGACCAGAAUCGCAAGCUAGAUUGGUAAAGAUUGUGGGCACACCCCGAAAGGAUACAGCGGACAAGAUUUUGGAAGAUCACAUAUCAAUUGCUCGAAGACUGAAUAUUCUCGAUCUUGAUCAAGCUGCCUUGGUGAGUGGAUCCAGCUUCUACUACCUCCAGGGAAUGGGUGCAUUCCUAGAGACAGCCUUAAUCCAAUAUGCUAUGCACAAGGCAGCUGAACAUGGCUUUUUGGGUGUGAUUACGCCAGACAUUGUGCGUACUUCAGUUGCUUAUGGAUGUGGAUUUCAGCCUCGGAGCGGCGAGAGCUCCCAGAUUUACAAUGUCUCCACGGCAGGAUCUGACGAAAACAGCACACAUUUAUGUUUAGCUGGUACAGCUGAAAUCCCGCUGGCGGGUAAAUUUGCAGCCAAAAUUAUUGAUGAAUCUGAUCUACCUCAACGUUUGGUUGGCUAUGGCAGAGCCUUUCGCGUUGAGGCAGGUGGACGAGGCACUGAAACGAAGGGACUUUAUCGUGUCCACCAGUUUUCAAAAGUAGAGUUAUUUGCUGUUACUACGUCAGAUAACAGUGAUGCCAUGCUAGAAGAGUUCAAACAGUUACAAGAGGACAUCUUUACAGAACUUGGAUUGUGUUUCCGAAUUUUGGAUAUGCCAACGGAGGAACUGGGUGCAAGUGCGUAUCGUAAAUACGAUAUGGAAGCAUGGAUGCCAGGACGCAAGAAGUGGGGAGAGAUCUCUUCUACUUCCAAUUGUACAGACUAUCAAUCCAGACGCCUUUCUAUCCGAUAUCGACCUACUCAUCACACUGGCCAAAAUACUUAUUUUUGUCAUACAAUUAAUGGUACAGCCAUUGCUGUACCUCGGAUUAUUAUUGCUAUCCUGGAAACCUUCCAAAAUUCUGAUGGUACUGUCAGUGUACCUCAAGUACUCCAAAAAUGGUUACCAGGACAACCUAGUGUAUUAUUUUGAUGUGUAUUAUCUCCAUAAACCACUAAAUAAACAAUUGCUUCAUAGAAUUCUCCAAGCCAUCUUCUUUUGGUGCUUGUGU